GCGAGCUCUCCAAAAGUCACCAACGUGCUGAGCCAUUCGAACGAAGCACCACCGCUUGAAAUCCAUUCAUCAGUCGGAGACGGCAAUCAUUGGAGGGGACCUUCCGAAAGUCACAAAAGGAUCUCCAGGAGCGACGACUGAGCCUCCCGCUGGGAACACCGCUCCUUCAAACACAUUCAUUGGCCAGAGAGCACGAUCUUCGUCGACUCAUUCUUAUCCACGCAUCCGACAUCAGCAUGGCUGCCAUCAUGGGCGGAGAAGGCGGUCUAGGCGGAGGAGUACCACUGGAGCAAUGGUUCUUCGAGAUGCCCGUGUGCACAAGAUGGUGGACGACAGCGACAGUGGUCGUGGGAGUCCUUGUGCAAUGCGAGAUCCUCACACCUUUCCAACUGUUCUACAGCUUCCGCUCUGUCUUCCACAAACAGCAGAUCUGGCGGCUCGCAACAACAUUCAUUUACUUCGGUCCACUCUCCCUCAACCUCCUCUUCCACAUCUUCUUCAUUCAACGAUACGCUCGCAUGCUCGAAGAGUCCGCCGCAUCCGUCGCACACUUCACCUGGCUUCUCGCAUACGCUGCCAUUACACUCCUCUCCAUCGCACCGAUUUCCAGUCAAGCCUUCCUCGGGAGCACUCUCAGCAGCACACUCGUCUACAUCUGGUCGCGGCGGAAUCCGGAUACAAGAUUGAGCUUUUUGGGAUUGAUGACUUUCAAGGCACCGUGGUUGCCGUGGGUGUUGGUGGCCUUUAACGUGGUGCUGCACAGCCACUGGCCGAAAGAUGAGCUGACUGGUAUCGUGGUCGGACACAUCUGGUACUUCUUCAACGACAUCUACCCUUCUACCCAUAAUGGACGUCCAAUGGACCCGCCGCAGUGGUGGAUACGACUAUGGGACCGACCGGCAUUACCGCCUGCUGACUCCGAUGUGCAUGCUGCUGCGAUCAAUCCGGACAUGGCUGCACCUGCAGUGCCGGAGGUCCGAUAG